UCAGUCAAGUGGCUGUCAAGCCUGUCCGGCAGAUCAAUGGAGUUUAGCAGCAAACGCAGCUUCUACCUGCACGGCAUGUCCAGCUGACAAAGAGGUAGCCUCUGGAUCAGGAACACAAGAAAGUGACUGCACAUGGAAAGAUUGUGUUGCGGGCCAGUAUCUGGAUCAGUCAAGUGGCUGUCAAGCCUGUCCGGCAGAUCAAUGGAGUUUAGCAGCAAACGCAGCUUCUACCUGCACGGCAUGUCCAGCUGACAAAGAGGUAGCCUCUGGAUCAGGAACACAAGAAAGUGACUGCACAUGGAAAGAUUGUGUUGCGGGCCAGUAUCUGGAUCAGUCAAGUGGCUGUCAAGCCUGUCCGGCAGAUCAAUGGAGUUUAGCAGCAAACGCAGCUUCUACCUGCACGGCAUGUCCAGCUGACAAAGAGGUAGCCUCUGGAUCAGGAACACAAGAAAGUGACUGCACAUGGAAAGAUUGUGUUGCGGGCCAGUAUCUGGAUCAGUCAAGUGGCUGUCAAGCCUGUCCGGCAGAUCAAUGGAGUUUAGCAGCAAACGCAGCUUCUACCUGCACGGCAUGUCCAGCUGACAAAGAGGUAGCCUCUGGAUCAGGAACACAAGAAAGUGACUGCACAUGGAAAGAUUGUGUUGCGGGCCAGUAUCUGGAUCAGUCAAGUGGCUGUCAAGCCUGUCCGGCAGAUCAAUGGAGUUUAGCAGCAAACGCAGCUUCUACCUGCACGGCAUGUCCAGCUGACAAAGAGGUAGCCUCUGGAUCAGGAACACAAGAAAGUGACUGCACAUGGAAAGAUUGUGUUGCGGGCCAGUAUCUGGAUCAGUCAAGUGGCUGUCAAGCCUGUCCGGCAGAUCAAUGGAGUUUAGCAGCAAACGCAGCUUCUACCUGCACGGCAUGUCCAGCUGACAAAGAGGUAGCCUCUGGAUCAGGAACACAAGAAAGUGACUGCACAUGGAAAGAUUGUGUUGCGGGCCAGUAUCUGGAUCAGUCAAGUGGCUGUCAAGCCUGUCCGGCAGAUCAAUGGAGUUUAGCAGCAAACGCAGCUUCUACCUGCACGGCAUGUCCAGCUGACAAAGAGGUAGCCUCUGGAUCAGGAACACAAGAAAGUGACUGCACAUGGAAUGCAGUUGACGGUGGGUACAGUGCGUACACUGCCUCCGGAGCUUGUUCGGUACCAUGCGGAGGAGGAACUCAAACCUGGAUUAGGACCUGUACUAACCCAGCACCUCAAUAUGGGGGAGCUGAUUGUACGGGGUUGGGUGUGGCCAGUGAAGAUAGAGCCUGUAACUCCGAACUUUGUCCAAGUGUUACUGCAUCUGGACCGGCUAUAGCAAGCGACGGAAUUGCCGCUACCCUUACUUGCAGCCUGUCGGAAAUCAGUGCCAGUAUGAAGUUAGCCAUGACUUCUGGAGCAGUCAAGUGGAAGGGUGGUGAUAUAAGCGGCGACGUGAGUGCCACUACCAGCGAGUAUACUCUGACCAGCGGGGACUACGACACCGCUCUCCUUACACAAGUUGACACUUUUGUCAUCUCCACCGCUGUCUUGGCACGGUUGAGUGGGGGGAGUCAGGUGUUCACGUGCGUGUUAACUGUGGAUGCCAGUGAUAUAGGAAGCGAUACUCAUUCCAUGACCGUUAUAUCCCCUGUUAUUCAGUUAAACCCAAGCGAAUCGUCCGGGAAAGCAACCGGAGAUAGCUUUGCACUGACUUGCGAAGCGACGUACGUUGCGGGAGUGGAGUCUAUCAUCUCCACCUUCUGGACCAAGGACGAUGGAAACGUUAAUCCUACUUUAACAACUGAAACAACUUACCCCACUUAUAGUGGGGGCAAAAGGGUCAAGUCCACACUAGCUGUUAGCUACAUGCAAAGUACCUAUUCUGGAGAAUACAAAUGUGGAGUUAACUACGGUGGAGAUAUAAUCUACAGUACCGCUACCACUAUCAGCGUAGCAGGUGUACUAUACUUCCCAACACACGCUCUCGUGGUUAACGGGCAAGCUCUGACUAUUUCAAUCGUCACCGUUACUGACACAUCCGCUAUAUCCGUUGCUUGGUUCAAAGACGACGUGGAUAUGGUACCUACUGCUAAUGCUGCGUACACUAUAACAACGACUGACACAACAGCUGUAGAUAGCAGCAAGAUAACAACCUCCACCCUUGUCUGGACUGGGGUUGCUGCUACCAACCAGGACACCACUUUGCACGUGGAACUAUCCUCAGACGCGCUCUUCUUGAAGAGCGCCGACUCGCUUGUCAACGUUCUCGAGGUUUACACUCAGCCCCAGGAUUACAAGAUACUCCGAGGAAUUGAUACGUAUAUCUACUGUUCGUUUGAGGGACCUCCUCAACCUUCCAUCACAUGGCAAUCCCACAACUCACUAACUUCUACGGGAACCGACGUGACAAACGGGGUUACACAGAUCACAGCCCUCGAGCCAACCACUUCUCUAACCGUCUACCAAAGCAGGCUCACUGUCAACGCAGACACGUCUGCUUCUCCUUCUUAUUGGAGCUGUAAAGCAACUUACCCUUCUUACUCUGGAAAGUACAUCUUUACUGGCGGAGAGCUGAACACUAACGUGGCCUGUCUCACACCCAUUGGUGUUACUGCGGUGUCGGGGCCCACUACCCUGACUGUUGGUGCUACUGCCACCUUUACUGCUAAAGCGGACAAUCCCCCUGAACCCCAGUUUGGUUGGAAGUUUAACGGUUAUGAAGUAACUUUAGGAAAUACAGCAGGAACCCAACUCUCUUCUACUGAGUACGAGUAUGUUUACACUAAACCAAGCAUGAGUGUAACGGAUAGUGGAGCUUAUGGUGCUCUGGCAGUUUAUUCAGACUACGGAAAGUCAUCACUGGUUACAGUCAAUACUAACGUAGUCAAUGCAUGUGCUCGACUUGCAGCCCCGGAUAACGGAGAAUUAGUAUGUGAUCCAACCUCAUUCUCUACAUCUUCAACCGUCAUCGGCUCCUCAGUCACUGAAACCAUGGUCACGUGUACAGUUUCGUGCAAUAGUGGGUACAUGCUCCAGACUUCCCAGACCACCUUUACUUGUACGGACGGGACAUGGGAACAGAACAGUGUGGUCAACCCUUUCAACGGCGUGAACAAAUGUCUUAGAGUGGUUGUACCGAAAUCCAUCACACUCACCUUCUCUGUGGGUUACGAGCUGCCCUGGCUGGCAUCCUGUACUGACUACUACGGUGACUACCUCCGACUAGCCUUCCCUUACCACGUGGCUAACGCUGCUUCUUCUCUUACUUGUCUCUCUGAUGGAGACUGUAGUUUGGACGACAACUACUUUGCCUACGAUAACGCUUACGACGCCUGUUAUACCACGGGUAACUUCAUCUGGCUGAAGGUGAAGUAUCAGCAGACAGGUAACACCGGCACGGACAGAAGACUGGAACUCUUCACUGAGUUCUCUGAGUGGGCGCAGUCCACCACCUUCGCUCCGUACACCGUGAUGGAUACCGCUGCGUGCGUGGGAGCCUGUGCUUGUUGUAUUGAGGAUUCGUGUUUGAAAGCACCCACCACAAUCAUGGCUAGACUCAAGUGUUCUUCUAAUAAAAGGAGGAGGAGAGCGGCUGAGGAUGAUUUCCCAACAUUGUCAUUCGACGCUUUCGCGGGAACUGGAAACGCCUCUCACGUGUCCAGAUCUGACGAGAUACGCUGUGGUGCUGGAUCUGUUCCUCUGGACAAUAGUUGUAUGGUGUGCGUAGAAGGAACCUACCAAUCCGGUGACCAAUGUGUGAGCUGCCCGGCGGGAACAUACCAAGACCAGACGGGAACUAGCACGUGUUCUUCGUGCCCGGAGGGCACCAGUACUACCAGUACCGGAGCUACUGCUCCUUCUCUCUGUAUACAAGUGUGUCAGAUGGAGGAGGUGCGAUACGGAGUGAGCGACCCACCUGCUGGGUGGAUCGUUAAACUGGGAGAACCCGUCACAGUGAGAUGUAACCAGGGCUUCCAGUUGGGAGGACAGAGUAUUACUGUUACUCAGUUGAAGACAUGCACUGAUAAACCUUCUUGCUCACGAGUACAAAUCAGCACAACCUCUCUUAACGUUCUGGAAAGUUCCGUUCUUGACCUGAGCUGCAAGAUAACCGCCGCCUCUGAGCCAGAACUUUGUCUUUUCUAUAAGGACUCGAGGCAAAUUAACGCUACUGAACCACUCAGUUUGGAAGGAGGCAAGUUCUCAUGUGAGACUAGUAUCACAAUGGUACAGGGCUCUGAUGAAGGCUCUUACUCCUGCUCUGCUGUCUGGAGUGAUGAAGCUCAGCCUGAACCAAGCAACGAGAUUGAUAUAAGAGUUAUGGGACUGACGUUUGACUCAACUGUAACUGUUUAUUCUGAGAAUUCAGAUCACACAUUCUUCUGUGCUGCAACUGUUCCUUCCGAUUCCGCAGUUAUUAUUUCUUGGACUAGAAACGGACAGCCGGUGGGAGAGAGACUGACCUCAACGUCCAACCCGGCCAUCGGUGUCCUGAAUCUGGAGACCAUCACCCCGAAAGAUCAGGGAGACUACCAGUGCCGAGCUACUUACCUCGGUAUAGGUACUAUCGUCUCAGAUCCUGCUACACUUACUGUUCUAGGCUUCUUAGAGGCUCUCACUGACAUGGACUUAACUAAAGGAAACAGCGUCAGUCUGCACUGCAAACCUACUAUGGGAGAAAUAACCUGGUCUCUGAACGGCUCCCCGCUCUCCUCUACCUCCACCUCUCUUAUAAUGGAGAAUGUGGGCCAGGAGAACGAGGGUGUCUACAAGUGCCAGGCUGCUCAUCAGGGACAAACCCUCUCCUCGUCGGCUAAAGUCACUGUGUCUGAUACGGGAAUUACCCAACAUCCUGUGGACACGACACUACAAUCUGGCCAACAAGCUACUCUUACCUGUGCUACUAACGCAGACUCGUCGUUCAAAUGGUUUAUCAACGAAAAAGAGAUCAGCGCUGGAGUUGAGAGCACAUCAAAGCAGUCUAUCUUGGUCACCUCACCCUUGACUUUGAGAUCACGCGUGCAGUGCGUUGUCUCGUCAGGGGACAAAAAAUACUUAUCUAAAAAAGCUCUGGUAAAUCUUAUUGGUUUCAAGACAAUGCCUAAAGACAGCGGUCUACCAGUAGAGGGAGAAGUGUCCCUGAUCUGCAGCGUUCUAGGAGAUGGGCUCAAACAGUUGGUCUGGAUCAGAUCUUCUGAUUCCACUGAGGUCCCCAGCCGUAAGACAGAGAGGUACAAUACCGGUUACGCAACUACCAACGUGCUGACUACUAGACAGGAAGGAACUUACUUCUGCAAGGCUACUUUCGAGCAAGGCUUUAUCAUCGAGUCCGAGAGAGCAAAUAUCUCUCCAGUCCGAGUGGACUUGUCUGUUGAAACUGUAGCUCUGGGAGAUGAUAUAACACUCACGUGUACUGUUACUGGGGCUAUUAAAGCAGAUCUGGUCUUCUGGACUAAGGACGGAGAACUUAUGUUCAACGAUAAGAGUAUUAGUCACGUGCCUGGAUCCGUCACAUCCUACAGUUACCUAACCUUGAACUCAGUUCUCACCUCUGACAUGGGAGAGUACCGCUGUGCUGCCUCCAUCCUGUCAGAUCUAACAGUGUACGGAUCUGAACCCGCUCCCCUCAAACUACUGGGAUUCAUUGACGUAGUAUCUGAUAUCGUGGUCAAGAGAGGACAGCUGACUGAGGUGGUAUUCAGUGUUCGGCACCAGGACGGAGUCAAGGUGUCAUGUGAUCUGUCACAAGGUGCCGUGCAGAUCAGUGACGGUGAUCACCAUGGUGACGCGGUGAAGUUCCGAGGAGAAGUGAUAAGUGUGGGUGAGGAGGUGAAGGAGAUUCAAUACAGCUGUUCUGUUUCUUACGGAGCUGAUGUAGUUAUCAAAUCUGAUUUAGCAAAGAUCUAUAUCGUUGAUGAACCCACUCUGGAAGUAGAUAGUUCUCGCUACGUGCUGAUCGGAGAGGAGGCGCUUCUUACCCUGACUGCAAACUACAUAACUAACGUGCCUGCCGUUCAUUGGAAGGUCAACAGUUUGAGAACUAUACAAUUCUCUGGCUCCUACACCAGUUCUGAGUAUACCAGCACCCUACAGUGGCCAGUCACUCAAGACAUAGAGGUCGAGGCUACAGUUCACUACGCUGACGUCGGAGGGUAUUCUGUCAGGAGAGCUGUCGUGCUCGCUUACGGAGUGGAAGGAGUAACCGGACCGGAGAAGGUGCACCUGGGAGAGAGUUACAACCUGACUUGCUCUGUUGCUACAAUAGAUGAGAAUACCGAGAUCACUUGGUACCGAGCUGAUAGUCCAGUUCUACCCCACUCUACCCUCUACUACGAUAACAAGAUAUCAUCAGUUUUGUAUCUACCCGAAGUGGAAGCUAGCGAUAUUGGUAUUUAUACUUGUACCGCGGUAUUCUCUGACGGAAAACAAUCCUCAGGAGCCUUCUAUGUUACCCAAACCAAUGACUGUAAAUUACCAAGCAUUGAGAACGCCGUCAUGGACUCAAGCUCCGACAUUAUCUCUCAUUUGGGUGAACUGAAGGUGAACUGUGGGGAUGAGACAAUCGUUAUCAAGUGUCAACACGGUUCCUGGGACCAGACUCUCGUCUUCUGCCCUGCGUCACAGACCAGCUGGAACAUAAUCGGUAUUGUGGUGGUUGCAGUUCUGCUUGUUGUUGGUGUCGGUGUGUUCUUCUUCUACAAGAAACAACAUACCAGGGCAGUAUCUCCCUCUCUACCCGAAUCUGGAGCUGACUCUGUUGAAAUGUACAAGAGACAGUGGAAGGACCAUUCUGAAGUCAUCAAUAAUCCAACCGCAAUGGAGAACGUGGACCUGGAUACUCAGAAUCACCAACAACUGGAAAGAACAAUGACUCAAAUAUCCAGCUAAUUAUCAGCUAUUUAUCAGCUUAUUAGCUAAUUGGUUUAGAAGACUAAAUGUCUAGGAUUUGUAGGCUUAGAGAACGCAGGCUGUGUAACUAGACUUGUAAAGACUGUUAGAGUUAUACUUUUCAGAUUAUAUCUAGGUACUGUAUUUUCAUUGGCCCAGAUGUUACUUUAUAAAUGCAGGUAUUAAUUUAAGUUACUGUAAUUAUUGACCCGAAAAGUACAAUCUGGAUUCAAAUUAAAACAGUCUUGUAACAUACCAACGAGUAAAAAUUAUAAAGGCGAGUUUGAUACUUCUGUAUAUAACCAGCUUUUCAGAUUAUUUCUAGGUACUGUAUUUUCAUUGGUCCAGAUAUCACUCUAUGGCCCAUAUAUCACUCUAUAAAUGCAAUAUGCAUGUAUUAAUUUAAUUUUAAGUUACUGUAAUUAUUGACCCAAAAAGUACAAAAUAUUCACAUAACAUUAAUAUUAAAAGUUUAAAUUAUAAAUGCAAGUUUGAUACUUCUGUAUAUAAUCAGCUGAAUAUUAUUCUGUAUUUAUAGCGAUGUAAUUGUAAGUGACCCAGUUUACAUAAACAACGUUUUUUCAUGAGAUAUUAAGUUGAUUUUUGUAUCUUUUAUAAUUAAACAUUAAAGUUUUUUUAGAUUCCGGUUAUGUUUGAGCUAAAAGUUAGCUUUAGACUUAGACUAUAAAAUGAUUAUAAAUUAAACAUCGUGUCUUUGUCAUAUCAUUAUUAAAAGUGUAUUCGACUUC